AAGUAUAGGAACAGUCUUUGCAAGAUUAAGACAGCCUAAGUUUUCAAAUUGCAAACCUUUUAUUGGAUAUCUUAUAAACGGAAAUGUCCUUGAACUCCUUGGACAAAUUAUCAAUAAUAAAACUAAAACACGGAACUCAAAUUUUCUAAAUAAUAUAGUAUCAGUGAAGAAUGGGAUCCUUGCCAUCUAGAGAUACUACAAAGUCAAACCUCCAAGCAGAAGUAUUGACAGCAAUAAAACAGGAUGAUAUAAACUUCCUGUCCUCAAUGAAAGACAACUCAGAAGAAUCUGAUCAAUAUCGUCAGACCUUCCUGCCAUUCCUUCUCCAUUAUGCAGCACAACAUGGACGUGUAGAAUGGGUUAAAUACCUGAUAGAACAAAACUUCAAUGUCAAUAGUUUAACUGAAGGGAAAGAAACACCAUUACAUUCAUGUGUACGUGCACCGCGUAAUGGAGUUACAUGUGCAAAGAUAAUUCUGGAAGAAAAAUCUGACAUAAAUGCACAGAAUAUUUGGGGACAUUCUCCUAUAAUGGAGGCCGUUGUUCAAUUUAAGUUUGAAAUGGUAGAUUAUUUACUGUCAGAGGGAGCAGAUGUGCAACUACCAGACGACAAUAAAACUACGCCAUUACAUGUAUGUGCAAGUUAUGGAAAUAUAGGUUACUUGAAAAAGUUGUUAGAUAAAGGUGCAGAUCAAAAUGCACAAGAUGGACGAGGACGCACUCCGUUGUAUUUUGCUAUUAAUGGAAACCACAAAAGAGUUAUUGAAUUCUUCAUUCAAAAUGGCUGUAAUGUAAAUCUAUAUGAUUCAAACUUUGGAUCUCCUUUACAAAAAGCUAUAACAAUGUCAAACAUAGAUUUAGUUCUUCAAUUACUGAAAGUAGGAGCCAAUACAUCUAUGUACAAUAUUUCAAGGAUGAGUAACGUGAAACUGUCCCUAUCUGAACUGGCCCUUCACACUGUACAAGUGUCUGUAGAAUUAGUGAGUCAUUCAGAAGAUGAAGAUGGGGAUCUUUAUGGACCUGCAGCCAAGGCUUUCAGGCAUAUUCAAUGUUUCAAAUUACUUUUAAUUGCCCAUGGAUUACCUGUACCCAAAGAUAUCAGAGACCGUAUCAGACAAAUUAUUCAAAAAUGUAAAGUGGAAAGGUUAAAGAUGGAACUUCUCAAAGUACAGACACUUGCAAAUAGUAUGGCACAAUUAUCUGCCAAAAGACCAGUUGACAGUCUUCAAAAUUUAUCACGACUUCAGUGUAGAAUAAAUUUAAUGAGAUCUAAAAGAAAUGUAAUCUGGGCUUGUGAGCAAAUGGACGUACCACAUGUACUUAAAAAUAUUCUCACUUUUAAACUGUAAAAAGACAAUGAAUAAGAACAAUAAGUUUUCAUAAUAAAAGUGUUCUUUCAG